UCUUUCUAUGGCUCUAUGGCCUUCAAUAAUAAUGACUUGGAGAUGGAGCUAUUUAUAGCCAUGCAGUAGCUGUCACUGUCAGCGGUUACGUAGUGUUUCGGUAUAUUCAGGCAGGCUUAGAUCUGUAACUAGAUCUAUUAUGGAAAUUGCUUAAGAGUUGUGACAAAAAAGAUAUAACCAGUAAUCUAAUUCACCUUCAGUCAAAAUUCAACAAUUUUUAUUUAAAGAAAUUCUAGAGUACGUGAGCUCAAAUGCUGUCCUAACCUCUAAUCCAGCAAUACAAAUUGAUCGGCUGUCUAUUUAAAAAAACAAAAGAAAUGAAUGCAAAUAAACCAUUUGCAAAAAUUGUCCUGGACAAACUUGGUACCGCCCAGAGCAACAAAGACAACAACAAAUUGAGUGACGUCAAAAUCAACAUUGAAGAUCAGCCAUUUUUUUGUCACAGAUUCAUUCUUUGCGCCUGCUCUGAUUUCUUCAAAGUGUUACUACACCGCCAAUGUUCUCCAAACGACAGCUUGAUUUCCAUGAUACACAUAACGCUGAAAGGAAUACCCCACCAGACAUUUGGAUACGUUCUUGAUGCAGUCUAUCGAGGGGAGAACAAAUUAAAUGAGACUAACAUGAUCGAAAUCUGGCACGCAGCGCACAAUUUGGAAAUAGAUUUUCUGAAAGUCAAAUGUGAAAAGUAUGUUAUUAAACAAAUACAACUGGAGAAUUAUACGGCCAUUUUUGAAAGCGCCAUAAUAAUCCAAUCUGACCAAGUGCUCAAAGCACUCUAUGCAUUUUUAGCUCAAAAUUAUGACCAUUUCAUCACGACGGACGUAUUUAUUUCUAUGUCGAAAGAAUCCUUUAUUGGCGUAAUUAACAAUUGUGGGGAGUCUAUCGUGCCUGCAGAUUUAUUAGUUGAGUCCAUUACUAAAUGGGUCACUCAUAUUCUGCCAUCCGAUGAAGCGGAAAGGCCUCCUGCUGCUGCCGAAACUAACUGUCAAGACAUCAAACCUACAGGCGAAAAUAAAGAUGCAGAUAGUAAAGGCGUGAAGGAAGCUACAGACUUAGAGAAGCCUGAACGUAAGGAUGACUACAAGAACCGACCCCUUGAAGCGAUAUUUCAGAGGCAUCACGAUGAAGACAAGAAGAAGCUUUGUCAGGCAGACAUAGACAGCAGGUGGAAGCACUUAGGCUUGUUGUUCAGAAGAGUCAACUUUAAACUAGUCAGUGGAGAGCGUCUGCGUGAAUUGAUGAUGGAUGAUCAUAUAAUGGCAUGUGAUGAAGCUCGAAGUAUAGUCAACGCAGCGGCUGCCGAACGCAUCGAUCGACAAAUACCGAAGACGACUAAUAAGCCAGGUUACUGGUCUUCAUUGUUCGGCUUAAGUCAAAACACUAACUAGUGAGUGUUAUACUAAACUCUGUUUAAUGUGUGUUUUAGCGGCCCCUCAAAGGAGAAUAGCUGCUAUCAAUUUUUUUUGGGUCUGUCUGACCGUCCUUCCCGUUUAGAUCUCAUAAACUAGAAAUGAUAUUGAGAAUCCGACAUCAUGAUAUUUUAGAUCUUUCAAAGCUCUAAUGCAAUGGCUACUUUUUUUCUUUUCUGAAAGCGAAAAAUUUAAUUUUUAAAAUCAACUAUGCAAGCAGUUUUUUUUUUCAUAAAAAAAGGACACCAUUUUUGUAAUUAUCCUAUAUUAAUGGUAGCAAGAGCAACACAGAGACGAUUCUGUAAGAGAACUACAUAUUUAGUAUAUUUGUAACAGAUAUAUAUGCAGGCGGUUUUAGAUUUUCUUUCUUUAAAAUUAUUAAUUUGUAUAACUAAAUUAAGUACUUUCUGACAUACUAAUUACUUACAUUUUAAAGAAAUUUUUUUUUCAGAGAGAAAAAAAUCUAUUUCGUAUGCAUAUAAGUCGGAUAUAAGUUAAAACAACAAUUAAUAAGUAGUGUUUUAUAAUGUAUAUAUUUACACGUGAAGAGGCAGACAAUGAUAAUCAUAUGUCAGAGCUUUGAAUGAGUGAUUGUCCCUUUACAAAACAAUUACAUCAAUUAGAUGAUCACUCACAUUUAACUAUAUUUUUAUAAAUAUCAGUUCAUUGAAUACAUUUGAAUAUUAACAAUGUAAUAAUAAUAACCUUAAUAUAUCUCCGUAUCCUUUGAUAUCUAACCAACUAACAACUGCAAAUAUUGAAACCUGCCUUUUUACAUCCAUGAGCGUAUCACUCUAGUCCAUUUGAUUUAUUUUCAUUUGCACUGUUGUCUGUAAUUGAAACAAUUAGGUCUGGGUUUUAUUUAUUAUAGUUUUGUUUUUGUAAAGACUUGUUUUUAAUUAAAAAUCAAUAAAGUUAAUGACAAUCUUGAAAAGCA